AUGAUCAUCACAGAAGACGUCUUCGCGUGCUUCCGUGCGUGGAACCGCGACGCGGUGGCGCGUGCCUUCCUGGCGGGCGACGAAGAAACGGUUGUGUUGAUGUCAGCGAUGAACAUUGCGCCGGGGAAAAUCACGGUGGCGGCCCCUUCUAGUGCGGGCACGGCUGCGCUCGAGGUUCACACCCGGUGCUGCCGCGCCUCGAAGCUUCUCUUGGAGCAGGACCGUCUGCAGUUACUGGAGCUAAUGCGAGCAAGGCCCCUCUGCCCAACGCCGAGCAGCAGCGCAGACGCGGAUAUACCACCCGCUGCGGUGCAUUUUGACGCAGAUCGUUCUAGCAUCAUUGCGCAGCUGCAGGUGGGCCUUCACUCGUCCUCCUGCUGGUGGCGCAUGGGGGAUGUUGUGCGGCACAUCUUCAAGGCACCGCGGCUUUCUUUGGUGGACUCCGCACUCAUUCGUCACCGUUGCUCAGCAGUACUGAUAGUAGACAGUAAAACGGCGGAUACGGCUGGUCGCAACGUGGCCGCACUCAGUGGUACAGCUCCCUCAUCGAAACUGCUGUUACCUAGGGGAGCAGCACCAUCAUUUUUUCGUGACACGGUGCUUCCUCCCACAGUUAAGUGGAUGCGUGGAAAAGUGACACAUUCGUUUGGCGGUUUGACGAGUAGCACACCACUGGGCCUGUUGCGGGUUAUAUUUGCGCUGAAGAGAGCACGGCAGUCGGACGAAGGCCACAGUCAUAGUGAUGGUGGCAACAACAUCGAUGGAAGCAGCGACGAUAGCAUUGAUCUCGUGCCUCCUGUUACUCUGGUUAUGUCACUCUACGGCUAUGUAAUUGCAGAGGCCACGCCGUGCGGCACAUCUGAUGCUGCUGGGGUGGACAACGCAUGGCAACGACUAUGUGCAGAUGCCUCCUGCCACUUCUGUGGCGAGAGACCCCGCCUGAUUGUUGAGGAGACAGCCGCACAUCAUCAUCAUCAUCAGCAGCAGCAGCAGCAGGUGGACGAAAAAGAUGUGAAUGAGGAGCCACGCCCACCGAUCCCGGUGCAGCACCCUGAGGCAGAGGGCACUAAUGACGAGGAGAGCAAGGCGCAGGCGCAGGGGGGAGAUGUGACGACAGAGACGAUGGGAGACCACGAGGAGGCACCCACGCAUCAAGUUGCAGAAGAUGAAGAGAGCACCACUACCAAGAAGCUCGAGUCCCAGCACAAGUGCUUCCGCUACACCAUCCUUCUGAGUGAGCAGAGCGGCUGUUCUGGCCACCACGACGCCUGUCCGUGGCGGGCGCUGUUUCUCCGCCCUGUACUCGCUGAGGCCGCUUCGGCAUCACCGUCCAGAGAGAUGGAAUUUGAGUUGUGCAACAUUGAUGAAGAGGGGAGUUCGCUGCGGGUGUGCUUCAGGCUACCGGAGGUGGCGAAGCUGAUGGAGUGCUGGCGGCGCAGCUUGUACGCCGAGUCGUCGUGGGGGGAGGCCUACGCGAAGCACCCGCUGCCAGCAGCAGUGCGUUCAGUCAUCCCGUCUCCUGCUGAGCCGGGGGUGGAGGAUUUCCUGAAGAGACUUCGGUCGCAGUCUCCUGUGCAGGAGGCCUUGAAACUGCACCCACGCACACCACUUUUCGAGGACUGCAACUUUUGGGACAGUUUUUUCCGUGUGGCAUCCUUGGUGAGGGCAGCACAGCAACCGCAGUCGGCGGCUAUGGCUUCUGCUGCUGCUGCUGCUGCAAAGAAGCGCGUGGGGGAGGAACAGAAGGAGAGUGGAACUUAUUGGGAAGCGGUAUACGACGCUGGGCGUCGUUGCAUUCUGGCGGCAGCGGAAGACAGGGACGAGGGAACGGCCGCAGCGGCCUCCGAGACGUUCACAGAGCUGUACCAGCAAAGCCUCCGGCGGGAUGCGGCAGGAGGGCAGUCGUCCUCGCCUCUCCGAGGGGUGAUGGGUAAACUCACGGAGCUGCUGCACGCUGGGCCAAGCAUCGUUCCCCGCCGAAGCGAGGCUCUUUUGGAGGCGGCACCUGAAAUGCCGCAGCUCUCGGUGCAGGAUCAGAAGCGUGUUCAGUCGUUCCUUGAAAUGAUUGACAACGACGUGAAGAACGCCGCACGAGAGCCCCCGCCACCGCAGCCGAAGCCGCAGCCGCAGCCGCAGUCUUCCCUGGCAAAGCGACCACCUCCAGAGGUCAACAACAGCGACAGCAACCCGAAGCGGGGAGGUCAAAAGCCUCAGCAGAAGCCACAAAACCCACAACAGCCCUAUCCAAAAACUCCACCACCACACCAACAAAAACAACAACAACAGUAUCAAAAGCAGAAAUUGCAACAACACCCACUCCGGGUGCACAUUGCCCAGCCGCAUCACUUUCACCAGCAGUCUCCCUUACCAUCGGAAGGGAUCCUUCCAUUUCCUAGUGGUGGUGGUGGUGGUGGAGUGUUGCCGUCGCCAGGGCCCGUCCUGCAAAAACAACAACAACAGCAACAGCAGCUGCAGCAAUCUUUUCAGCCAGCCGUGCAGCUGUCUCCGUUCGUGGGUCAUAACCGUACCACAGUGCUGGCCGCAGAGAAUGUGGGUGUGCUAGAUGACGCGUACAUUCAGCGGUCGCCCGCCUCUGGGCCGUGUCGCCCGAUGAGUGGAAACUUUGCUGCUGAACGGAAGGGCGGUCGAGGUGGGAACCACCGCGGUGGGAGGGGUGGCGGCAGAGGCAGGAGGGGUGCUGGUGGGAAGCCCUUCCAGUGA